AUGGCUGCUCCCAAUAGAUGGAGAUCUGCUGUUUCGGUGGGUUCCGGACCCCACAACGCCCCGGCCCUGCCCGGCGGCGCUGUUGCCGGCUCGCCUCUGCAGCCCCGGUGGAAGCGGGUCCUGGGCUGGUCCGGUCCGGUUCCGCGGCCACGCCACGGCCACCGCGCCGUGGCGAUCAAGGAGCUGAUGGUGGUGUUCGGAGGGGGAAAUGAGGGGAUCGUGGACGAGCUGCACGUCUACAACACAGCCACAAACCAGUGGUUCAUUCCGGCAGUGCGUGGAGAUGUGCCUCCGGGAUGCGCUGCCUAUGGAUUCGUGUGCGACGGGACGAGGCUGCUGGUGUUCGGAGGCAUGGUGGAGUAUGGGAAAUACAGCAACGACCUGUACGAGCUGCAGGCCAGCAGGUGGGAAUGGAAGAAGCUGAAACCCAAAGCCCCCAAAAAUGGCCCCCCUCCCUGCCCCCGCCUGGGGCACAGCUUCUCCCUCGUGGGUAACAAGUGCUACCUCUUCGGGGGUCUGGCCAACGACAGCGAGGACCCCAAAAACAACAUUCCCAGGUAUCUGAAUGACCUGUACGUGUUGGAGCUGCGCGCGGGCUCCAGCGUGGUCGGCUGGGACGUGCCUAUCACGUACGGGGUCCUGCCCCCCCCGCGGGAGAGCCACACCGCCGUGGUCUACACGGAGAAGGAGAGUAAGAAGUCCCGACUCGUUAUCUACGGGGGCAUGAGCGGUUGCCGGCUCGGGGACCUGUGGACCCUCGACAUCGACACUCUGACAUGGAACAAGCCCACCCUGAGUGGCACGGCUCCUCUGCCACGCAGCUUGCACUCCGCUACCACCAUCGGAAACAAGAUGCACGUGUUUGGUGGCUGGGUUCCUCUUGUCAUGGAUGAUGUGAAGGUAGCGACUCACGAGAAGGAGUGGAAAUGCACCAACACCCUGGCCUGUCUCAAUCUGGACUCGAUGACAUGGGAGCCCAUUCAGAUGGAUACCCUGGAGGAUAAUGUCCCGCGCGCGCGGGCAGGACACUGCUCCGUGUCCAUCAACUCGCGCCUCUACGUGUGGAGCGGCCGGGAUGGCUACCGCAAGGCCUGGAACAACCAGGUGUGCUGCAAGGACCUGUGGUACCUGGAGACAGAGAAGCCGCCUGCCCCGUCCCGAGUGCAGCUGGUCCGAGCCAACACCAACUCCCUGGAGGUGAGCUGGGGGGCGGUGCCCACGGCGGACAGCUACCUGCUGCAGCUACAGAAAUACGACAUCCCUGCAGCCACUGCAGCCAGCUCUCCUGUGCUGAACCCUGCGCCCUCGCUGCCCGCCAGCCACCCCAAGAGCCCCGCCCCCGCGGCCUCCGCCCCCUCCGCCCAGAGCCUGCCCCACUCCGGGGUCACCCUGCUGCCCCAGGCUGGCUCCCACGCCCCCUCCGCACUGCCGGUGCUGCCCUCCGUGCCAGGGAGCCCGCUGGGGGCUUCCACUGCCCGGGGACCAGCCAUCCUCAAGGUGGCAGCACCUCAGUCCAGCGGCACCUCCAUCGUCACGGUGAGGCAUGCGAGCCAGGCCGGCAAGUCUCCUGUCACCGUGACCUCACUUCCUGCCGGCGUGCGGAUGGUCAUGCCCACACAGAGUGGCCAGUCAAUGGGAAGCAGCCCCCAGAUGAGCGGGAUGGCCGCAUUGGCUGCUGCAGCCGCUGCCACCCAGAAGAUCCCGCCCUCGGCCACGCCCACCAUGCUGAACGUUCCGGCCGGAGCCACGAUCGUCAAGACGAUGGCCCUGACAUCCGGCUCGUCUGCGGUCAAGGUGGCAUCCCCAAUCAUGGUCAGUAACCCCGCCACGCGCAUGCUGAAGACGGCAGCCGCUCAGGUGGGCACCUCCGCCACGUCCACGGGCAGCACUCCCACGCGACCCAUCAUCACCGUGCACAAAUCCGGCACCGUUACCGUGGCACAGCAAACACAGGUCGUCACCACCGUGGUGGGAGGAGUCACCAAAACCAUCACGCUGGUGAAGAGCCCCAUCACCAUGCCUGGGGGCAGCGCGCUGAUCUCCAAUUUGGGUAAAGUGAUGUCUGUGGUGCAAACGAAACCAGUCCAGACCUCGCACACGGGACAGACGACGUCAAACUCCCUUGCUCAGCUCAUACAGGCUAAAGGGCAGCUUCCAGCUGGCACCAUUCUAAAGCUGGUCACCUCUGCUGACGGCAAACCGACCACCAUCAUCACCACGUCACAGGCUGGCGUCACGGGCAACAAGCCUACCAUCCUGGGCAUCAGCAGCAUGUCCCCGACCGCGGCCAGCAAACCUGGCACCACCACCAUCAUCAAGACCAUCCCCAUGUCUGCCAUCAUGACCCAGCCCGGGGUCACUGGUGUGACCAGUAGCCAGGGCAUGAAGUCUCCCAUCACCAUCAUCACCACCAAGAUGAUGACGUCCGGUACCGGCACCCCCUCCAAAUUCAUCACCGCCAUGCCCAAACUGAGCAGCGGGCCCGGCCAGCAGGGGCUCACACAGGUGGUUUUGAAGGGCGCCCCAGGCCAGCCUGGCACGUACCUGCGCACCGUCCCGAUGGGAGGGGUGAGGCUGGUCACCCCGGUCACCAUGUCAUCUAUCAAGCCAAACGUCACCACUCUGGUGGUUAAGGGAACCACGGGAGUGACCACCGUCGGUACAGUCACUGGCACAGUGUCCACCAGCCUGGCGGGGGGCAGCGUGGCCAGCGCCAACGCCUCCCUGGCCACGCCCAUCACCACGCUGGGCACCAUCGCCACGCUGUCCAGCCAGGUCAUCAACCCGGCGGCCAUCACUGUGUCCACGGCGCAGACCAGCCUGACGACGGCCGGCAGCCUGUCCACAGCCAGCAUCACCAUGCAGCAGCCCAUGAGCCAGGCCACCCAGGUGACUCUCAUCACGACCCCCAGCGGUGUGGAGGCGCAGCCCAUCCAGGACCUCCCCAUCUCCAUCCUGGCCUCUCCCACCUCCGAGCCAUCCGCUGCGGCAGUGGCCAUCGCCGGUGAGUCUGGGGCCGGGGACCAGCCCGGCACAGUCACCCUGGUGUGCUCCAACCCUCCCUGCGAGACCCACGAGACUGGAACCACCAACACAGCCACUACUGCCUCCUCGAACAUGGGGGUUCAGAAAGUGUGCACAAACCCGCCCUGCGAGACCCACGAGACCGGAACCACCAACACAGCCACCACUGCCUCCUCGAACAUGGGGGUUCAGAAAGUGUGCACAAACCCGCCCUGCGAGACCCACGAGACCGGAACCACCAACACAGCCACCACUGCCUCCUCGAACAUGGGGGUUCAGAAAGUGUGCACAAACCCGCCCUGCGAGACCCACGAGACCGGAACCACCAACACAGCCACCACUGCCUCCUCGAACAUGGGCUCGGGCCAGACAGAAACGUCACAGAAUCCGCAUAAGGCUAGCUCCAACCCACCAGCAGAGACCCAGGAGACGGGAACCAUGAACACGGCCACCUCGGCCUCUUCCAGCAUGGGGUCCGACUGGACCGGCACCACCAACACCUCGACCACGGCCCGCUCUAACAUGGGCUCUGACUGGACCGGCACCGUGCAGAGCGCUCAGUCCGGUCAGGAGGCGCUCCGGAGCGGGGUGAGCAACCCCGACUGCCCCCAGUCCCAGAGCACCGUGGCUUUGGACACCCAGACAGAGACCGCGUGCUCCGACCCGCCCUGCGAGACCCACCAGACCGGAACCACCAACACAGCCACCACGGCUGCGUCUGAAGCAGGCAUCGCGGGGCAGACUGUGUACUCGAACCCGCCCUGCGAGACCCACGAGACUGGAACCACCAACACAGCCACCACGGCAGCUUCCGGAAUGGGUUCAGACCAGAUUGGACCAGUGCAGAGAGUGUGCUCCAACCCGCCCUGCGAGACCCACGAAACUGGAACCACCAACACAGCCACCACGACAGCUUCCGGAAUGGGUUCAGACCAGACUGGACCAGUGCAGAGAGUGUGCUCCAACCCGCCCUGCGAGACCCACGAAACCGGAACCACCAACACAGCCACCACGACAGCUUCCGGAAUGGGUUCAGACCAGACUGGACCAGUGCAGAGAGUGUGCUCCAACCCGCCCUGCGAGACCCACGAAACCGGAACCACCAACACAGCCACCACGACAGCUUCCGGAAUGGGUUCAGACCAGACUGGACCAGUGCAGAGAGUGUGCUCCAACCCGCCCUGCGAGACCCACGAGACCGGAACCACCAACACAGCCACCACGGCCACGUCCAACAUGGGGGACAACGGAGCCCAGCAGGCAGAUGAAGCUUCCCAGGAUGAGGCGGUAACCACGGCAGCAGUAGAAGCCACGCCCCCUCCUGCCCCUGUCACUGUAUCCAUGGUGACGCCCCCUCCUGCCAGCACCACCAUGCAGACCCGCGCAGUCACCAUGGUUACACAGUCCACACCCAUGCCGGGGCCCGCUGUACCGUCUAUCUCCUCCAUCACUGAAGGAGGUUCGGCCUGUCCUGACGACUCGGGUCUGGCAGACUCCAGCCAGCCCUCCUCCAGCCCCGACGCUCGGGGGCCUCAGCCGGAGGGCCUGCCCGAGGCAGAGCUCCCGGGGACCUCGGAGCCCAUGCAGAUGGAGCCCUCGGAGCCCCAGCCUGAGCUCAUGGAGACCACGGGAGAAGGAGAGCCAGUGCCGGAGCUGCAAGAGGGGAUGGAUGCCAGCGAGCCCGCUCUGCAGUGUCAGGAAGGCGCGGGGGACGCAGGAUCCGUGUCCGCGGGCGAGGGGGUGGAUCCUCUGUCUCUCCCCCAGGAGCUGAUGUCAGAGGGCCAGGCCGUGGGAGGGGCCACGCUGAUGGUGACGGGGCUCACCCCUGAGGAGCUGGCCGUCACGGCCGCCGCGGAGGCAGCAGCGCAGGCAGCCGCCACAGAAGAGGCCCAGGCUCUGGCGAUCCAGGCAGUGCUGCAGGCCGCACAGCAGGCAGUGUUGAGGCAAGACGGUCAGCACGCCCCCGUCUCCACCACCAUUCCCAUCGUCCUGACCCAACAGGAGCUGGCCGCUCUGGUGCAGCAGCAGCACCAGCUGCAGGAGGCACAGGCGCAGGCACAGGCAGCUGCCGCCGCAGCCGCAGCAGCUGCGCAGCAGAGCCAGUCCCAGGCAGCCCUGCCCACCGAGGGCCUGGCACCGGCAGACAGCCUGAACGACCCGGCCAGCGAGAGCAACGGCCACAGCGAGCUCGCCAGCGCCGUCACCAGGGCUGUGGCGGGACUGCUGCCAGCGGGGGCAACACCGCCUAGCGAGAGUCUGGCCCCCUCCAGCUCCUUUGCUCCUCCUGUGCCCGUGGCUGUGCCCGUGGCCAGCCCAGUGAAGAUGCAGGCAGCCGCUGCCCUCGCGGACGUGGCCAAUGGGAUAGAGUCUGCAGCCGGGGUAAAGUGCUCCGCCCCCCGCCCCCCCCAGCCCCCUGUGAAGAAGGAGAACCAGUGGUUUGACGUGGGGGUCAUCAAGACCACCAACAUGGUGGUGACUCACUUCUACCUGCCAUCGGACGACACGCCCGCCGGAGACGAUGACACUGCUCCCAUCCCGGAUUACAACCAGCUGAAGAAGCUGGAGCUGCAGCCCGGCACGGCAUACAAGUUCCGCGUGGCAGGAGUGAACGCCUGCGGCCGCGGCUCCUUCAGCGAGAUCUCCGCCUUCAAGACCUGCCUGCCGGGAUUCCCAGGGGCCCCCUGCGCCAUCAAGAUCAGCAAGAGCCCGGACGGAGCUCACCUGACCUGGGAGCCCCCCUCAGUCACCUCUGGGAAGAUCAUAGAGUACUCUGUGUACCUGGCGAUCCAGAGCAGCCAGGCUGGGGAGCCCAAGGCCUCGUCCCCGGCCCAGCUGGCCUUCAUGCGUGUGUACUGCGGGCCCAGCCCCUCCUGCCUGGUGCAGUCCUCCAGCCUGUCCAACGCACACAUCGACUACACCACCAAGCCGGCCAUCAUCUUCCGCAUCGCCGCCCGCAACGAGAAGGGCUACGGGCCGGCCACGCAGGUUCGGUGGCUGCAAGAGUCCAGUAAAGACGGCUCAGCUGCCAAACCAGCAGUGAAAAGACCGGUCUCCUCGUCCCCUGAAGUGAAACCCUCCGGUCCAAAGAAGGCAAAAUCUGAUGGCCAGUAAUGUCUCGGGCCAUGAUUCUGUUACCCCAAACCCUCCCCCAGCAAGAUCACCCCAAAAAGGGGAAGGGGGGAGAGGCAAAGUGGGGGCCGCAGCACUCCCUCCAAACACACAGGAAUGGAGAGAGAGAUGUUUUCCAACUUCAUUUUGUAUUGCUAUUACAAUUAUUACUAUUACAAUGAAGAUGAGGACUGUGUUAUUCUGGGAGAGGGAGCGAGGGAGGAAGGAAGGAAGGAAGGAAGGGAGGGAGGGAGGGAGGGAGGGAAGCACUUUUGUUUUUACCAUGAGUUUUUUGAUAAUGAACUAAAACCAACGACAGACGUAUUUGCUUUAGUUGUUUUUGUACAGAGCUGCCACGGCACGGGUUUUUACUGUCAUUAAAUAAAACAAUGCUUUUUCAGUCUUAUUUUAGUACUGCCACCUCCUCCUCCCCCCGUACAAUUAGAAAGCAAAACAAAAUCUUCUCAUGCACGGGUGACGUCAUCACAACUCGAGCCUGGUUUUUAUUUGUAUUUACAAGUCUAGCUUAAGAAAAUGCAAUUAAAACAAUAAUAGGAAUUAAGAAAUUGAUUUAAAAAAGCACUUGCUGUUUUUUGUUUUUUUUUUAAAUAAAAGCAUGCAAUGGAAAUAUUCAGACAAAUUGAAAGGAGAGAAUUCCUCUCUCCCGUGCUUCCACAAGCACUGUGCGUUCUCUGGGAAAAUCGAGAGGAAGAGGAGGAGGAGGAAGACUACAAGGUUCGUUUCCAUUCGCAAUAGUGUUGCAAAGUAGUCUUAUCUGCCAUCCCAGGCUUCGCGUUCUUGAUUUUGGGAAGGCUCGUCAUGUAAUAGAUGUUUUUGUGUGCGUGUAUAAUUUGUUAUUUUUAUAGUUUUUUCUCAUAGGACAAAAAAAAUCGAAGCAAGGUUUUAUUUUGUUAAAUCUUGUUUGCUUAUUUUUUUUCAUCACAGAAGGAAUAUGCAUUUUAUUUUAUUUUCCUGAGACCUCGUUGGAUAUUGUCUUGGACAGAAGGCAACUGUUUAAAACAAAAACACACAUAAUGGGAGAAGCGAGGACUAUCCUCUUCGUUUUUCAUUUCUGUAUGCCAAAGUGUUUUUCGGGGGAGAAAGUCUCUCCACUAACCUCUCUCUCUUCCUUCCUCCCUCCCUCUGUCUCCCCCCCUGUCCGACACUCGUUUUAAAAGCUUCUUAUUUGAAAUAUAUAUUGGAGCCUUUUUCUAAGCAGUCUAGAAAAGAAAAAAAUACUCCUCCUCCCCCCCUCCCCCCCGCAAGGUUG